AUGAUUCGAAUUUGGAGAUGUGUGAGAAAUGACAUUAACGGAAUCUUUAGUAAUAGACGGAUUGUAAGAUAUAAAUAUCAUGGAAACCCCAUAGUUCCAAUGAAUCUUAAGAGAGGUUUACGAAGCUCGUCUGGUACUGGUACUGGUGGUUGUGGAUUAUUACAAAAAUCUAUGAGUUUGAAUGUUGAUGAGCCAUCAAAGAAUGGUAACUUUAUCGAUAGUUUGAAAACUACGAAAUUUCCAAGCAAAGGGAAAUUACUACCAGAUGAUGAUGAAAAACCAAUAGACUUUAUGAAUAAAUUACCAGAAGAACUGAUAUCUGGUGGGAACGGGUUGAGACCUACCAGAGCAGAGAACGAGUUUGAUUCUAUGAAGUAUUUCAAUAUUUUGAAAAAAAAUGGAUUCAAUAGAGAACAAAGUGAAUUGAUCGUUUCAUUACUAUUCGAAGUCAUGAAUACAGAAUUCUUUAAUGACUAUAAUAAUAAGUUUUUAAGGAGUGUUGAAUUAGACAAUCAAUCUCACUUGUUUCACGUUGCUGAAACGGAACUAAAGUAUACGAUUCAAAAUUCAAGGGAGACUAAACUAAAUGAAUAUCAUUUGCAAUUAAUGAAAUUGAACAGAGAUUUGGAUACGAUGCAUGAUGAACUCCAUGGUAUGUUAAUAAAUUACAUUCAAAGGGAUUCGAAAGUUGAUUUUAAUAAUCAGAAAAUAGAAAACACAUUAUUGGUAAGGACGAUAAAAUUGGCUUUGGCAGAUUGUUCUAAUAGGAUUACUACAAAGAUUCUAGGUAAGACAAAAUCUGAUAUUGAAAAUUUGAGAUGGCAGACUACAAGGAGCGGUCUUUUAGCAAUUACAACGUUAGUAUUUGUUAUAAUGUGGGGGAUAAAUAUAAGUAAGAAGAUUACUGAAGAGAAUGAAAAACCAGUUGAAGUAAUAUUGCAUACUAUUGAUCAAGAAGAAAAUGAAGAUAAAGAAGACAAAGUCAAAGAGCAAGAGUCCUCAGAAAAAAGUGAAGAUAUUAGAGAUUUCGAACUCUAUUACGGUAGAAAAUUCGAUGGAUUAGAUGAAGAUUCCAAAUAA